ACCGUGAGGUGCACAGUUGAAGUUUUGCGAUCGAACACGAAAUGCAGCGGCCGGGUUGCUGGUUGGUGGUUCUUGGAACCGUGCUGUCGUUCUGCCACGGUACCUAUGUACCGAUAACGCAAGCCAAGGUGGACGGAUUGCCGGUCAAAUAUGCUGAUAAAGAGUUUCUAGUGAAGCAAAAGUUCUUCUUCGAGAUUUUGCGCCAUCUGCAUCAACCGAUCGCGUUCGAAGAAUAUCUUCCAUACACGUCACGGUGGGUUACGGAUCCGAGCAAGUAUACGAAUUAUACCGAAGUGGCUGAGUUUAUACAGACGUACGAGCAGGGCGUGCUGAAAAAGGGACAAAUCUUCACCAUUUACAACUACUGGUACGCUAAGGAGACAGUGCAGCUGUACCGAUUUUUCGAGAAUGCGAUCGACUGGGAUACGUACUACAAGAACGUGGUCUGGGCGCGUGCCAACCUCAACGAGGGUAUGUUCCUUAGUGCACUGACCCUUUCCGUGCUGCACCGCAAAGACCUGCAGGGUAUCGUACUGCCAGCCAUUUACGAAAUUCAUCCGCACCUGUUCUUCGACGGCGAUAUGUUCCAAGACGCUACGAAUAAGCGCGCACUUGACCCGAACUACGGGUUCUACGCCAACAAGCGCAACAAUCUUGCACUGGCGAACUACACCGCAUGGUUUGCAACGCAGUUUUACGGCGAAGGAUCGCUGUCCUACUUUACGGAGGAUGUAGGUUUGAACUCCUACUACUAUUACUUCAUGAUGGACUACGCGCCAUUCCUGGGUGGUGAUAAGCUCGGCUUAAAGAAUGACCGCAGAGGCGAGCUGUAUCUGUACAUGUAUCAGCAGCUGCUCGCACGGUACUAUCUUGAGCGUAGCUCGAAUGGUUUGGGACCGAUUCAGGAGCUAACCUGGGAGGCACCGAUCAGCACCGGGUACUACUCUAUGCUACGCUACUGGAACGGUGUUCCAUUCCGUUCACGUGAAGCCAACUUCCUGUGGCGCCCGUACGAUCCGAUCAAGCUGAAUGGACUGAAGGCGUAUGAGGAGCGCGUACGGCAAGCGAUCGAUCUUGGGUAUGUGGUAACGCGCGACGGACAGCGGAUCAGCUUACGCCAACCGGAAGCGAUCGAUAUUGUGGGCAAUCUUGUGAGCGGCAGCGUUGAUAGUGUGAAUGUGGACUACUACAAGAUGAUCGAGACGUCGGCACGGAUGAUACUGGCCCAGGGAGACUACUACGGGUCGCCGAGCGAGGUUUGGCCCGGUGUACUAAUGCACUACGAAACUUCGAUGCGUGAUCCCGUGUUCUAUCAGUUCUAUCAGCGACUGUUGGGUUUUUACUCGGACUUUAAAAGCUAUCUACCACCGUACACCGUCGAUGAGCUCCAGUUCAAGGGUGUUGAGAUAAAGGGCGUUUCGGUGGAGAAACUGUUCACCUACUUUGAACCGUUCGAUGUGGAUAUUAGCAAUGGGCUUGGAUUCAACUACGGUGGUGAGCAUUCGACGUGGAACUUUAGCGUGUACGCGAGAAAGCAACGCUUGAACCAUAAACCGUUCAGCUACGUGCUGAACAUUAGCUCCCAAUACGCCGGAAAGGGUGUGGUGCGGAUGUACAUGGGACCGAAGAUGCACUCCCUCAGCCAGCUCCAGUACAUGAAGAAGUUGUUCGUUGAAAUGGACCAGUAUAUGGUGGAUCUGGUGGUGGGUGAUAAUCAGAUCAAGCGAAAUACGCGCGACUUCUACUACGACAUUCGGGACCGGACGACGUACUCCGAGCUGUACAUGCGCAUCAUGAAAGCGUACAAGGGCGAGGAACCGUUCGUGCUCGACAUGUCAGAGGUACACUGCGGUUGGCCCGAUCGGCUGCUGCUGCCCAAGGGUCAACCGAAUGGGUAUCCGUUGAGCUUCUUCUUCAUCAUCACACCUUACUACCCGCCAAACGUACCACAGUUUUCGACCUUUGAUGCAACGUACACGUGCGGCACCGGGUCGGGCUCGAAGUACAUUGAUGCACUACCAUUCGGGUUUCCGUUUGAUCGUGAGAUUAACUUUAGCAAUUUUGCUACGAAAAAUAUGCACUUUACUGAUGUGCUGGUGUAUCACGUCGAUGGAAAUCAAACGAACGAAUCACAUUGAAAAAAAAAAUGUUUGUAAUUGUAUUUAAGGCUGAUAUGCUUUUUUUUUAAUAAAAUUGGAUAAAAAUAA